ACAGGAUUGCAGAGCAGGAAUAAAGAGCAGAGCUUCUCACUUUAAGGGAUUACACCAAGUCCAUGCAGAAGACCCUCCUCCCCCAUUACUCACACACAGCCCUGCCUGCAGGAGCAGGAAACUUAGCACAACAACGGUCCAUAGAAGAUCUGCAGGACCCAAACCAUCUUCAAGUUUAUUUGGGGGGUGAUUGAUGUAGCUGUGAUUUUGUGAUUAAUAAAUUAGUUUCGUUUCUGCUCCCUUCUGCCUGACUGACAGCGAAACCUUCAUCCUCAUCAUUAACUUUCGCUCCUUUCUGGAGAGAGUCGCCAACAAUUCUGCAGAUGGAAAGAUCCUGUCCCUUCUACAUCCCAGCUAUGGAGAGGGCCUAGGUGCCUAAUUGCUUCUUUCAUGUGUACAAUCCGCAUAGUGAUUAAACCUCUCCACAGAUAGUACAGUCCUGCCUGUGAGUGCCUGAGAUCUCCUGCAGCCCCAAAUACCACCUGAGGAUAUGCCGACAUGUCCUCUAAGUUAGAAAUCUGAUCCCUGGGCACAGCACAUGCCAUUCCUCAAACAGGACAGCCUGGUACUCUGACUUGUUUUUGAUUUUUGUCACCUGUGGUCUCAUCCCCUGGACAAGGACAAGCCCAGGGAAGCAGCCUCUCCGCUGGGUGGACACUCAAUGCAUGGCUUAGGACUCCAGUUUAUGGAAGUGGGACCUAGCUAUCGCAGCAUCUGCAAAGAUUCCCACGCGUGCUCCUUCCACGCACCAGAGAUGCUGUUCCACAGCCUGUCCGGGGGGGAGAUGCAUGGGGUCAUCGACGAGAUGGACAGAAGAACCAAAACUGAAGCUUCAGCCAUCAGCUCUGCCAUAGACAGAGGGGAGACUGAGACGACGAUGCCCUCCAUCAGCAGUGACAGGGCCGCUCUGUGUGCCGGCUGUGGAGGUAAAAUCUCGGACCGGUAUUACCUCCUGGCAGUGGACAAGCAGUGGCACAUGCGGUGCCUGAAGUGCUGUGAAUGUAAAUUAAACCUGGAGUCUGAACUUACCUGUUUCAGUAAAGACGGCAGCAUCUAUUGCAAAGAGGACUAUUACAGGAGGUUUUCAGUCCAGAGAUGUGCCAGAUGCCAUUUGGGGAUCUCUGCUUCUGAGAUGGUAAUGAGGGCCAGAGACUUAGUAUAUCACCUCAACUGCUUCACCUGUAACACAUGCAACAAAAUGUUGACCACUGGGGACCAUUUUGGGAUGAAGGACAACUUGGUCUACUGCAGGCUCCACUUUGAGACUUUGAUACAGGGAGAAUACCAAGUCCAUUUCAAUCACUCGGAUGUGACAUCAGGGAAGGGCUCAGGACUGGGGUCGGGGGCUGCUUCCUUAGGGCUGCCUUAUUACAACGGUGUGGGGACUGUGCAGAAAGGAAGGCCUAGGAAGAGGAAGAGCCCGGGUCCUGGGGCAGAUCUGGCAGCCUACAAUGCAGCACUAAGCUGCAAUGAAAAUGAUGGUGACCACCUGGACAGAGACCAACAGUACACCCCCAACCAGAAAACCAAACGUAUGAGGACCUCUUUCAAACACCACCAGCUGCGGACAAUGAAAUCCUACUUUGCUAUUAACCACAACCCAGACGCCAAGGACUUAAAGCAACUAGCUCAGAAGACAGGUUUAACCAAAAGAGUUUUACAGGUAUGGUUUCAGAAUGCACGGGCCAAAUUCAGACGGAACCUUCUGCGACAAGAGAACAAUGGGGUGGAUAAAACAUCAGAUUCCACACUUCAGGCUGGAACACCAUCAGGACCGGCUUCUGAAAUCUCCAAUGCCUCUAUGAGUCCUUCCACUACCCCAACAACAUUAACAGACUUGACUAAUCCUACCAUGCCAACUGUGACCUCGGUACUGACUUCAGUGCCUGGCAGCUUGGACGUACAUGAGUCUCGGAGUCCUCCACAAACAACACUCACAAAUCUCUUCUGAUGACCCUUCGAAAAAGUUUCUUUAAAGAAAAGAAAUUAUUUUUAGUCGAUUUCCAAGUGUAUUUUAAUAGACUUUGUUCAAUGAAUAAAUUACAUUUUUGGGGGAAUGGUCUUGAAGAAGAGUUCAUUGUCCCGGUGUUUCAAUAAACUGAAGGAUAGCUUGGAAGAUGUAUCUGCAACACAACAUUUGUGUAACUGUACAGUUUUGUGGACUAAACAAGGGAAAGAACCAUUAAUUUAAGUUGGCUGAAUCUUCUGUAUUCUCAAAGACUGUUACGUGCCUUAUAUACUGUCUUAUCAACAUACAUUUUCUCUCUGUAUAUUUAUGACCAGAACAAAAUUGUUACAAGUUUGUUACUAUUCGACUAGUCCUAAAAAAGUUACUUUGUUUUAGACACUUUUGGACAGAACUAUGCUCUGAGCGAACAAUGUAAAAUUUGAUGAUUUCCGUCAAUGACUUUCGAAGUUUGCACUGGUAUCAACAUACAGACGGGUUUAUGGGAUGCAAAAUUAGUUACGGGGAAGGUGGUUUAUCCAUAGGGCUCUUCAAAUUGUGUAGUGUGAUAUGUGUCCUUUUUAAAUAACCUUGUAGAAGGUUAUUCUAUGAUGGCCUGAUCAAUGGUCUGACCUUGUCUGCUUCUGGUCCAGUUAAUGUGUUUAUAUACCAUGCAUAGUUCAUGAAAAGAAGACUACUGGCUACUUUGAAAGAGUAUUAUUUAUGAUGGUAGAGAGAUUGUAAACAAAUCAGUAGAUUUCAUUACUGAUGGCCCAGUGAGUAAUAAGACUGCCCACCCUUAUUGGGAGUACUUUUGCUUUGUUUUAAAUUUAAUAGACAGCAAUGUUCACUGUAAAAACUGGUUUUCAAUUAGCAUAAAGGAAUUAAUUUUACAUUUUAGAUAAGCUAACCACAGUAGCAAGUAAUACAGUAUUAGCUUUUGCAAAGAUUUCAAAUGUAAGGCUAUAAGAUGAACACAUGUAGAGUUUGGACUGGAGAAUGAUUCCCAAGAAGUGAGAAUGAGGGAACACUUCCCUAAGUAAGGCAAGGCUAAUCUCAAACCCAAAAUGAAACUGACCAGAUCAGAAUUCAAUGAAAUGCUCAAAUGUACCUUACCUCAUAAUUUAUACCAAGGAACUCUAGAUAAAUUAAUUACAGAAUAAAAGUUAUCCUAUUCAUCCCUCCAUGAGGUCUUGAUUAGGAAACAAUUUUUCUGGUCAUCUCUUCAGAGUCUUUAAUCUAUAAUUCAUUUAGAAAUGAUCACAGUGAAUAAUAUUAUGGGCUGAAACAGAAAGAAAUACGAUCAGUAUAUCCAAGCUGUUCUACAAAAUGUUUUAUGCACAAAAUUGAACUUGGUAAUUUCAGUAACAAUUUAUGGACUUCUGAUUGUAGAACCAGGCCUUGAACCCGUCAUAUCACCAUACCCAUAUUGUCCAGCCUCCAACAUACUCAUAAUAAUUGUGUGAAAUGCACAUGAAGUAUGAAUAUGAGGAAAUUCCAAAAGGCACAUUGCACCCGCCAUUUUAUAACAUAUCCUCAACAGUGCCACACCCACCUCAAAAAACACUUUGUAAUAUGAUAUAUGCCAAUCCUGCCUCUUAAUGAGCCGCCAGAAGUAUUUAGAAAUUAUGCCCUUUAAGACUAAAUGCAUACUUAGUUAGUGUUUAUUAAUAUAAUUGGUAAAGCCAAUUCACACCAACCUUGUAUAAAUUUAUGGCCUGUGUGUAAUUUUUUUGUAAAGUUUUGUUUGGUCUCUAAAAAAAAAAAAAAAAAAAAAAGGUAUAAAGCAGGAAAAGAUUAUUCUAAUAAACAAAAGCUGCUUCAUUAUUUUGUUUUGGGCCCAUUCCAUUUCUUAGCACAGUGAUACCCUGGUUUGACUCUCUGGCUCGUGUCGAUCUAUCACCUUGUUCAUACUUAAUUACCACUUCAUUAACCAGUGGUUAAAUAAUUGGAGCUGUUGACCAUCAAAAUGAGCCAAGACUAUAGUACACCUGCUUUAGCAUAUUGUGAUAUUUCCCCCCCUAUUUGUAAUGUUGGAUAAGGUCAGAACAAUUCUCAGAUGUUGAUGAAUCUUUUGGAUGGAUAAUUUUACCUCAGCAAUGCUUAAUUUUUAAGAUAGAAUGAACGUAUGCCUUUUUUGUUCUUGUUUAAUACAGAAACGUUAGUGUUCUUGAUAUGAAGAAUAAAUUUUGGCCGUGACAUAA